GAACAUCGCUCUUGCCUUUGGAGGACACUGAGUUCCGCGCGAGGACGAAGGAAGCUCGUUAUGGCAGCAGGACUGAAGGGACAUGCAGGAGUGGUUACAAUGAUUGGGUGACAUUCCUUCCCAACUGCAGUGUUCUUAAGGAAAAGUGGACCCACGAAACUCCCAAACUUUUGAGUUGCGUUAGGUGUGAGACCGGCAUGGCUCAGGUAAAACACUUUCGAGUCCUCCUCCUUCAAGAUCUCUGGGAAGCGAAUUUGCAGUUUCGCUCUUGAAGGCUGCCUUAGUCAACAUAUUGACCAGCCCAGUGAUCAGCCCUCUGUAAUAAGCCUCAGGGGGAGAUCUAGAGGAGGAAAGGAAAGGCCUCAGCCCCCGCCCCAGGGAGCUUCCAGUCAAAUGAAGGAGGCAAGUCUCCUGGCUUGUGAAGGCCUCGCAGGUGUGAGCUUGGUCCCCACUGCAGCCAGCAAGAAGAUGAUGCUGAGCCAGCUUGCCAGCAAGCAGGCGGAGAACGGAGAGCGGGCGGGGAGCCCCGAGGUGCUGCGGUGCUCCGGCCAGGGCCACCGCAAAGACAGCGAGAAGUCCCGGAGCCGCAAGGACGACGCCAGCUUGUCUGAGGCCUCGCAUUCCAAAAAGACUGUUAAAAAGGUGGUGGUCGUGGAACAGAACGGCUCUUUCCAAGUGAAGAUCCCCAAAAAUUUCACUUGCGAGCACUGCUUCGGAGCCUUCAGGAGCAGCUACCACCUCAAGAGGCACAUCCUCAUUCAUACCGGCGAGAAGCCGUUCGAGUGCGACGUCUGUGACAUGCGCUUCAUCCAGAAGUACCACCUGGAGCGCCACAAGCGGGUGCACAGCGGCGAGAAGCCCUACCAGUGCGAGCGGUGUCACCAGUGUUUUUCUCGGACAGACCGGUUGCUCAGACACAAACGGAUGUGCCAAGGUUGCCAGUCCAAGACUUCCGACGGGCAGUUCUCCCUCUAGGCGCCGGGGCCCCGGGUGGUGGGAGUGAUCCGGAGCAUCUACUGAAGAGCGCCCCCCGCUUUGGCCUCGUGGUCCCGCCGCCACCACCCACCCGGACCUGUCCCGCUCCUGGAGGAGGGGUCGGGGGCAGAAGAGUGCAUCCGGCCACCGUGGCCCAGAGCCUCAGCUCUGUAAAUAAUCCGAGACCUGGAGUAUCUCGGGCAAGUUCCUACAGCAUUCCUGGGUCGGGAAGCCAGGCCCUGGACCCUUGGCGGAGGUCAGAGGUGGGGGACGGACUCCGGGUACUGGACCAAGGCUGAAGUGUUGCUUCCACCACUUGGACGCCGGCCGGCAGCUGAAACGGGAAAAGAUUGGGGCGAGGGAUUUGUUGGUUCUGUUCUUGUUUUUGUUGACGCCAAAAGCGAUUUCAGCAGGUGCCCAUGGAGACAGGUCACCCGGAGGCGGCAGGUCGUGGUCCGGGACAGGGACUCUGGCCAGCCCGGCCCGCCCCCCGAAUGGACUUGGUUAGUGGCAAGUGAUCCUCAGUGGCCCUCGGCCCCGCGCCU